CUCCGCCUUCAGCUUGUGGUCUGGGAAACCACGCGUCGCCGUACAGAGUGCCGGCUGGAGAGGGUCAGGCAUUUCUGCCUUGCGCGCGCACACACACGCGUUCUCCUCGCUGGCCAGGGUCGCGCGGACAGAGCCCCUCUAUGUCAGCGGCCAAAGGGGGAGCGAUGGGCCCACUGGUGGGGUCUAUCGACCAAGGGACCAGCUCCACGCGCUUUCUGGUAGAAGUUGACUGCAGGCUAAUUACCCUUGGCUGUAACAGUGCUGGAUCAACCCUUUCUCUUUCUGGUGGCCCAGAUUACAGGGAUGGAGCCUCCUCCUACGGCAACAGUGGUGGCAGUAGUAGCUGGAAACUGGUCUUUAAUGCUAGCACAGCUGAAUUGCUGAGUCUCCAUCAAGUAGAGUUAAAACAGCAGUUCCCCAAAGAAGGGUGGGUAGAGCAAGAUCCAAAGGAAAUCUUACAGUCAGUCUAUGAAUGUAUGGAAACUACAUGUGAACAACUGAAGACACUGGAUAUAGAUAUCGCCAACAUAAAAGGUAUUGGAAUUAGCAAUCAGAGAGAAACAACUGUGGUUUGGGAUAAGUUUACUGGAGAGCCUCUCUAUAAUGCUAUUGUCUGGCUUGACCUUCGAACCCAGUCAACAGUUGAGAAGCUGCUUGAAAAAAUCCCAGGACACAAUAGAUACUUUUUCAAGAGUAGGACUGGCCUUCCGCUUACCACGUAUUUCAGUGCUGUAAAACUUCGCUGGCUUUUGGAUAACGUGAAGGAAGUCAGGCAAGCAGUUCAAGAGGGGCGAGCUUUGUUUGGUACCGUUGAUUCAUGGCUUAUAUGGAGUUUGACAGGUGGACAAAAUGGAGGUACCCAUUGCACUGAUGUAACCAAUGCAAGUAGAACACUGCUGUUCAAUAUUCAUAUGUUAGACUGGGAUGCUGACCUCUGCAAAUUCUUUGAAAUCCCUAUGGAAAUGCUUCCCCAAGUGCGGAGUUCGUCGGAGAUCUAUGGACUGAUGAAAAUCUCCCCUAGCCUGAGUUCUGGAGCCUUGACUGGUGUACCAAUUUCUGGUUGCUUGGGUGACCAGUCUGCUGCUUUAGUGGGACAAAUGUGCUUCAAGGAUGGACAAGCCAAAAAUACAUAUGGUACAGGCUGCUUUUUACUCUUCAAUACAGGUCACAAGCCUACAGUUUCUGAGCAUGGCCUUCUGACCACAGUAGCUUACAAACUGGGCAAAGACAAGCCUGCAUGUUAUGCAUUAGAAGGCUCUGUUGCCAUAGCUGGUGCUCUUAUUCGCUGGCUAAGGGAUAACCUUUGUAUUGCAAAGUCCGGAGAGGAAGUUGAGAAACUUGCUGCUGAAGUGGAUAGUUCUCAUGGUUGCUACUUUGUCCCAGCAUUCUCAGGGUUGUAUGCACCAUAUUGGGAGCCCACUGCAAGAGGAAUUAUCUGUGGCCUUACUCAGUUUACAAAUAAAAGCCACAUUGCCUUUGCUGCACUAGAGGCUGUCUGCUUUCAAGUACGAGAGAUAUUGGAUGCCAUGAACAAGGACUGUGGGGUCCCACUGACUCAGUUACAAGUUGAUGGAGGAAUGACCAGGAACAAGAUGCUCAUGCAGCUCCAAGCUGACAUUCUCUGUAUUCCAGUAGUAAAGCCAUCCAUGCCUGAAACCACAGCACUGGGAGCAGCUAUGGCAGCAGGAGCUGCAGAAGGUGUGGGAAUCUGGAGCCUGAAUCCGGAUGAUUUGCCCGCAGUAACAUAUGAACGAUUUGAGCCGCAAAUCAAAUCUGAGGAAAGUGAGUGUCGCUAUGCUAGGUGGAAGAAAGCUGUUAAGAAGUCUAUGGGCUGGGAGGAAACGUCAUCAAAACCUCAAAUGAAUGGUGAAACUAGUAUCUUCUGUAGUCUGCCUUUGCACUUUUUUGUAAUGAGUAGCCUGAUAUUGUUAAUCGGAGCAAAGUACAUCUCAGGUUGCAAAUGAGGCUAUUUAAUGGAUUUCUAAGAGACUGCAGCAUCUGAAGAGAAUCCAGUGCUCUGUUCCAAUGUGAUGGCAUUGUUUUGACUCAUUCACUGUCAAAAUAACUCAUGUGAGAAUUUAGAGACGCACUUGAAUGUGAAAUAAGCAAAAUACAAAACACAGCUGCCACCAGUUGCCUGCUUAAACUUUAUAAUGGGAUAUAAGCCUUUGUUAGUUUCCUUAUCUGAUAUCACCCUCUUUCAUUCAUUUUGAUCUGAGAAAUUGUCGGAAUAAAGGUUAUAGAUUUUUAAAUCCUGCAGUUCAUAAUACCAGGCCGGGGGUGGUGGUGGGGAGGGCAAAUUCUGUAAUAUAGUGGUAGCUUUUUUUAGUUUCUCCAAAAAUUGUUGAUAAUGACAACUGCAGAGGCUAUCUUUAUAGUGACCAAUGUAGCAACAACUGUUUUUAUUAUGAUCCGAUAUCCUCAUCCAAACUUUUCAGGAUGUGGUUUUUUUGAGUGGGGGUGGGUGGAGCUAGGACAUGAUUAACUUAUCUGUCCUAUUAAUAUAGUUUGGGCAGCAUUACUAAGUAACCUAAAUCCUUUAAAUGUCACAAGCUAUUUAAUUUCCCCCUCCUCUGCAAAACACGUUUUCAAAAUGUAAAAUAUAUGUACGCUUGCAUACAUACACAUUGACAAGUCAGGGUUCUAGCAUUACACUUGAAGUAUCAUACUAUCAACUUGAUGGCCAGUACUAGAAAUCAGACUUGGGUAACAUGCUUUAAACAUAUGCACUUUUUGUAGUUUAAGUUUGUUUGGAUUUGGGGCAAAGGAGGAAUACACAGCACAAAUAAAAUGCUCCUCAUUGUCAGAGAGAGGCUGAAAUGUUUGCCCUAGUUGUUGCAUUUGGUGUAAAUUGUGGGCCAUAAGCAGACUGAGAAAUCUUAAUGAUAGCAUUCUGGGCUGUGGCAUUUCUGCUUUCUGGGCACAGCAUUUUUGAUUUUAGGGGAUCUACAAGAACACUAAUUUUUUGGCUACAAAGUUCAGAACUAAGCUGAUUCUGUUUUCAAACAGCAACUUCUAGAACUGUGGGAGAGGGGGAGGAUUGGUUGAUUGCUUUCCCCCUUUCAAUAGCAAAUCCAUCACACUUGACAUCCCCUGCCCCGUUUUGCCAUUACCACUGUUUCCCCCUUGUAUCCUUUUUACUAAACCUGGGGGGGAACAGUGAACAAAAAGGAGGAAGAAGAGAAUGGAGAGAGGCAAGGAAGGGCAUGAAUGUCACUACUUUUUUUUUAAUCUGACAGGGCUUCACCAUAGGUCUCUAAGAACUUCUAUCUGUUCCUCCAGAAUGUAUCUGACGUGAUCAGUGUCCUCCACAUUGUCUCUCUUUCCCUCCCCCUUAUUGUCCUUUCCUGUUGUAGCUGAUAAGGUGUUUGCUUCUCAUACCACUAAAACUCAUACACAAGAGUUUGUUGAAUCUAGUCUUGUACUUUGAGACUUUACUGAUCAUUAGAAGGCACCCCAGAAAUGGUUCCUGUGUGGAAUGAAUGACAUAGCUAAGUCCCUAGCUUAAUCCCUGUUAUAAAAUUUUAUGCAAAGGCUAAUUUUGGUUGAUAAAGAAAAUGGCUUGGUGUCAUCUUGUCAUGAAAUUGCUCAGUUUGAAGGUUCAAUGUGGAAGCAUUCCUAAUAGCAGCAACAUUUCUAAAUGUGUGCAGUUCUGCCAGUAGGAACUAAAGGGAGUGUGCAUGCUCAAAAAUGUCUCCAUGUCUGUCUAAGAUUGCCUUCACCUUUUUCAAAAUGUGUGUGUUCCAUCACUGAGAAGUUCAGGACAGAAUAUUAAGCAUUGAAAAUGCAAAAGGUAAUGAGUCUUUAAAGUUAUUUAUAUUGAAAUGUCUUUCAUUAAGUGCAAUGGAAAUGUAUUAUCUUGGAAACUGCUGCAUUUUUGUCUGAUGUGAAGUGUAGAAUCCUUGGACAACUGUGUGUUCAACAUUCUCACUUAAAUGUAGUCUGUAUUAUAAAUGUUUCAGCAUGUGAAAAAUGUAAUGCCUAAAGUCAUUUAGGUUUUUGGUUUGUAUUGAUAUAUAUCUAUACAUGUCAGCUUUGAGAGGGGAAUUUGUAAAACUCAAUCACUUGGGAUGACCACCAUGAGGCCUGUGGACCAUAUUUGGCCUGCCAAAAGUUUCCCUUGCCAAAGCAGCCUUGUGCUACUACAAUGUAGCACUCCCCUGCCCCCCGUCCCCCGUUCAAAAUAAAGUAGGAAGUGAGGGAGAGCUUUUCUGGGGCAGGUCUUUGGCAGAGUGUGUGUGUGUGUGUGUGUGUGUGUUGUCUGUGCCUGUAAACUGCUUAGCAUGGUCCUAGUACAGCAAAUGCCACGUUGAUGGGCUUUGAAACAAGUGCCAAUUAUUAAUCCUUUUCUUCCAAACAAAUGCUGAAACGUAAGACCUUUAAAUGAACUUGGAAACAGCUCAUUUUCUUGGGCUGCUUUUAUAUGUGUUGUGUUUGCUGUUUUAUACAGCAUAAUGUUAAGGGGCAUCUAAGCUACAGCUUUGGGGAAUAUAUAGGACAUUAAAUUAUUUUUGUGAAAUUGUUGUUGCAAUUUUGUAAAAUAUACUUCCACUGUUUCUACAAACAUAGAAUUAAAUAAAUGGAAAUUCUGAUAACUUUUUUUGUGAAUAGAAAUGUGAUUUUUUUGAUCCUCUGUGGCUUUUAAUUUUUUUUAAUUUAACUUAAUUAUUUUUUUUAUAAAAUGUACACACUGAAAAUAAGUAACCAACUCUGAUAUUGCACUACAAAUAAAUAUGAUUUAAAAUGUCCUAGAUCCCUUUUGCAAUUAUGUUUUGUAAUUAUGGACAGCAUGAAUUUUAUAAAAUGGUCUGUUUCCAUUGUGGAAGUGUAAUGAUAUUUGUUUCGGUUACAUGAAUCGAUUAUACUUUACAAAAUGUUAUACUGGAGUUUUAACUUGGAGCUAAAACUUAACAUCCAACUUGGAUUCCCUCCCCCACUCCCACCUACCCUUUCAAAAGGAAGUCAGCAUGCUUCUUCCUGCUGGUACAUUGUUGUAUACAUUUAAACACACACACACACACACACAUACACACACACACACACACACACACACAGGAAUAUGACACAUCUUGCAUUUGCAUAUGUAAAGUAUUGAUCUAAGGUGAUUAACUUGCUAAAACACAGUUGAGAACAGUGGGUGCAUCCAGAUCAAUGUUGCAUGCUCCAAAAUGUUCCAUAUACUAGGGGUAUGCUCGAACCAAAUUUGCAGUUCAGUUCAUAUUUGGACCAAAUUCAAACUGAACUGCUGGUUCGUGAACUGGUUCAGUUGAACGGGCCAGUCCGGUCCAUUCAGCUGAACUAGUUCCGUGGUUUGAGGGGCUAUGCUUGUAAAGGAGAAUCUGAUGAGGAUUGCCCUUUACAGGCGGGGGGUGGGGGCGGAAUCCUUGAAAAGUCUUCUAAAGAUUUGUCAAGGAGUGAGGAGAGGGCACCUUUAAAGGUAGAUUAAGGUUCUUACUGGCCUGGUGGCUGCUGCCAACACUCAAAGCCUGGGAACGCAGCCUAACCACACAGUGCUCCCUCCAGCAACUUGCCUGUGUGGCAGUGGUGCGGUUCCAGCCACCAUGCUGGCUGAAAUGGCUCCGCUGGGCAGGGCAAGUUGCUGGAGGAAGUGAUACUAGGGCUGUCCCAUGGGGGCUUUGAGGGGCCACCGGGCCAGUCAGAACCUUUAAUCUACUUUUAAAAUGUGCCUCUCCCCACCCACCACCCACAGCCGCCCUUUAGAACACUUUUAAGGGAUUCCACCACCCCUUUGCUUGUAAAUCCUCAAUGGAUUCUCUGUUCCAAACUGGUCUGCCGUGGACUGAUUUGAUCGCGGGCUGGACCACUUCAGUUCAAGGCAACCCCAUUUGAGGUGAACUAGUUCGGGAUCGAUUGGUCCAUGCACACCCCUACCAUGAUGGGAGAGGAGUGGUUUUUGCUUAUAUUUGCUGUACUUUCCUUCCCGCUCUAGCCCACUAUGCCUCCUGAAAAUAUGUCACUGAGCAUCCCACAACUCUCAGUGACAUAUUUUCAGGAGGUACAGGGGGGCUGCAGUGGGGAAAUAAGAUCAACAAAAAUCUUCCCUCCUUCAUUGUGCAUGUAGAAUGUUUUUCAGCACUCAGUGCAAGCAUCUUUAUUCAAUAUGAAUUUGUUAUACAGGGACUCUCUUACCCCAUUUGCGAGACCUUUGAGUGUGGUUUCAAAACAGGAGUUUCCCAAGAAAGUCACAACCACAGGGUUAAAAAUCAAAUAACAGAAAUGGCUUCGCGUACAAAGUAAGAGGCUUGAACUUAAUUGAUAAUGAGAGGAUUCUCACAUGACACAGACAUGGAAGAUGUUACAUGUGUCUGGGUUAACUGCUUUACCUCAGCUGUGAUUUAUGAAUGUAGUUCUGAGAUUAACUUUUACAGGGAGGUGGUGGUGGGUGGUCUGCUUAAUGAGGAAAGCCCAGUCGAAGAGCAGGGAAGGAAGCAGGGAAGGAAGGAGUGAGAGAAUUGGGAAGAGGAUGGUGGAGCAGUCAGAGGAAGCGGGAAGAAAGCUGAGGAAAGAGAGGGAGGGAACCCACUUGAGAACAUGGGAGGACUGGGGAGAGAGAGAGGGGGGAGAGAGUGGAAGAGAAGGGAGAGACCGAAAACAGGAAAGAGGUUCUGCAGAGAAGAGUCAGUAAAAGAAAUUGUGGAAGAAAAGAGGGCAGAGGAGAGAGAGAUACCGGGAGAAACUCUAGAGAGGAGGAGAGAGAAUUGUUUAUGUUUAAACACCCACAGUGUUUAAUGACUGUUCAUAUUUCUACAGCUCUGUCCAUAAUAAGCAGAGAACCCAUGAUGGAUGGGGUUUGUCCAUAUUUUCUGCAAAGCCAGAUUGUUGCUCCAAUCCAUUGAGCAGCCAGAGUUGUGCAUUAAAAGCUGGCAUUCUGCCAAUCAGGUGCUUGGUAGGAGAGGGUAGGCUGAAUCCAGGCCUUUCCAUUCUUUUCCCCAAAUAGCUGGUCAGUGGGAUUUCAGAACAUGUGAGCAGUUCUGGUGGCUGGAAGGGGAACCACAGGCACAGUACCAUUAGCACUCAUGGUUGUUCAUCCAGCUAGCAAUGCACAUGUGGAAGUUUACUUCUGCUUAGUCAUGGUUCAUUGGUAGAUUGGAGCAUGUAUGUAUCAACAAACUUAACUCAGUGCUUCCUUCCGCAUCCAAGGCAUGUAUUUGUGGAAAAUGGACUUCUGCAGACAAAGAGCAGCAGCAAAUAUAUUAUUUUAAAAUCCUAAUUAUAUUGUUUUGUAAAAAUAUAAUGCCUGUAGCUACUUUGCCAACUUCACUCUGAAAAUUAAAAUUUGUAUGCAAGGUAA